AUGGUGACACGCUGCACCCUCCUCCUCUUCCUCCUCUCCUUCCUCCUCUGGGCCACCGUCAUCUUCGGUGUGAAGUGAGGGACCGGAGAGGGCGACGCCGUUUCAGUGAUCAUAGCAACGCUAUCGGAGGGCAAAAUUGCAACCCUACUAGUGGUGAUCGUGCGCCAGCCGGAGAGUGGUCGGAGCCUGCCCUACUUGGCACCAUGCGUGCUGUGCAUCCACACGUUGGUCAUCUUGGUAAACUCCUACCUGAUGAUGAAACUGUCGCCUCUCACCUGGGCACGCUUCGCUGUCUGGUGCGCUCUGGGUAAGUUAUGCUGUGUCACUUCAACACUUGUCACUUUCUUAUUGUGGAGAAGAGAGCUUCCUCUAUCCCCCCUCUCACCCUCCACCCUCUCUCUCUCCCCUUAUCUUUCUAUCCUCCCUCCACUCCGCUCCUCUCCUUCCUUCCCCCCUCCUCUUUCUAGGUGUACUGAUCUACAGUUGCUAUAGGAUGUGAUAUUAUUAUGGUCUGUCUCUCUAGGUAUCCUGCUAUACGGUUGCUAUGGGAUAUGGAACAGCUCCAUGGAGAUCAGCACCAGAGAGGGACUGGCUCACGCUAGCACCUACCAGCGCUAUGACGACCACCUUGACGACACCUUUUCCCCUGACAACGACCUUAACCUCCAGGACAACCAGGAAGAGGGGCGCUACCAGGAC